AUGACCAAGGGUGACGAACGCCCGCAGGAGGGGAUCGAGGUCCCUGUCGAGCAGGGAAUUGAGCUAGCUCCGACCAAGGAUAAGGAGAUUGACAUGGGAGAGUACAAGAGCAAGCAAGAUAUCUCACAUGUCGAGAAGGUUCUUUCCGGUGAUGAUCUUGGAAAAGACAACAUGGAUAUCACCCGUGUGGACAAGGAGAUUCAAGCCUAUGCCGCCCACGGUCAGGUAGAAAUCAAUGAGGAGACUAACAAACGUUUAAAAAAAUUGAUCGAUCGAAGGGUUCUUGUUAUCAUGAUCAUCACAUAUUUCCUCCAGGCCCUCGACAAAGGAACUAUGUCUUUCUCGGCGAUUAUGGGCAUCAAAAAGGACGCGAAUUUAGAGGAUGGCCAAAAGUACUCCUGGUUGACUACGUGUAUUUACAUCGCUGUCCUCUCUGUCGAAUACCCGACCAAUUGGAUCAUUCAGAGGGUCCCAAUUGGCAAAUACCUGGGGAUCAAUAUCUGUCUUUGGGGCACAAUUCUAGCACUUCACGCAGUGUGCAAAAACUUUACUGGUCUGGUCGUCGUUCGUACCUUGCUGGGUAUCUUUGAAGCAUGCUGUCAGCCCAUUUUCGUGACUCUGUCGUCGAUGUGGUACAAACGCGAGGAACAAGCUGCCACCGUGACAUACUGGUACAUGAUGAAUGGUGCCCAGCAAAUUGUCGGUGGCUUGCUCGCAUACUGCUUCACCCUCAUUGGUGGCGACAAGGCCAUCAAGUCCUGGCAAGCGCUGUUCAUGACAUAUGGAAUCAUCUCCGUCUUUUGGGGUCUUUUUGUUAUUUGGUGGAUGCCCGAUUCGCCUAUGCGUGCGAAGUGCUUCAGUGAGGAAGAUAAGCAUCUGAUGGUUGAGCGACUUCGUUCCAACCAGACAGGUAUCCAAAACAGAAAGUUCCGCGCAUACCAAGUGUGGGAGGCUCUUAGCGACCCUCAAAUGUGGUGCUACUGUGCUGUUCAAAUGUUCACUACUCUCCCCACCAGUGGACUUGGUGCCUUCUUCGGCAUUAUUAUUUCAAGCUUCAAAUUCACAACCUUGCAGACUCAAUUGCUUGCUAUGGUACUCGGUGCUUAUAUCAUUGUGAUUCUGCUGUCAUCGGCAUGGCUUGUGAAGAAGACUGGACAGAACACACUCAUUAUGCUGUGCUUCAUCAUUCCUUCUUUCAUUGGAACCAUCGUUCUGAUUACUGUUGAGAACACUACCUUGUCAACCAAGGUUGGACUUCUCAUCAGCUAUUAUAUCACAAUGUCAUUCUGGUCAGCGCAAACCCUGACGUUGUCAAUGGUGUCUCGAAACAUUGCCGGCGCAACAAAGAAGUCCACUGUCGUCGCUGCAACUUUCAUUUCAUGGGCCACUGGCAACGCCAUUGGUCCCCAAGUGUUCCUCGACUGGGAUGCUCCACGCUACCACAUUGCCUGGAGUGUACACCUGGCCUGCUAUGCGUGCAUGGUUUCUGCUGUAAUUUACCUGCGGUUCCACCUCAAACGCGAGAAUGCCAAAAAGGACAAAAUUUUGGCUGAAGCUGGACUCACUGCGGCCGAUCCUACCCUCAUCCAUGCAUUCGAGGAUAAGACAGAUCGGGAAAACCUUAACUUCCGCUACGUCUACUAG